CACAGCUUUCGUUAGGAUGAACACCAGCGCGGACGAGCCCGCGCCAGAGCGCGUGUACCUCAAGCCCAACUGCGAGUUCCGCUUCGAGGUCCAGGGCGCCGACGACGUCCUCAUCCGCCUCAAGUCGGGGACCGCCGAGCUCUUUGGCGCCGAGCUGGCCAAGGAUAAGGACUACCGCUUCCGCAAGUGCCAAUUGGCCAUCUUCACGUGGCAUGGCUGCGAGCUCCUCGUCACGGGCAAGUGCUCCGUGUCGUACACCUCGGACGAGACGCCAAUGGCCUCGAUCAUCAACAUUCAUACGCAGCUUGACCGCAUGCGCUGCGACGCUUGGAACGUCAAGGGCUGCGGGCCGCGCGUGCUCAUCACGGGCCCGACCGACUCGGGCAAGUCGACCGUCACGCGCAUCCUCCUCAACUACGCGCUGCGCAUGGGCCGCAAGCCGACGUUUGUCGACUUGGACGUGGCGCAUGGUCUGCUGAGUGUCCCCGGAACGAUUGCGGCGACGCCGCUCGAGACCAACUGCAUGAGCGUGGAAGACGACUUUGUCUUGACGGCGCCAUUGGCAUACUACUUUGGUCACACGACGCUCAAGGACAACUCGGAACUGUACAAGUUUCAAGCGUCGGAGCUGGCCAAGCGCGUGGACCAGCGCCUCGCCAACGACGCCGAAGUCAACGCCGCGGGCAUGAUUGUCAACACGUCGGGCUCGAUCGACAAUGAAGGCUACCAAGCGCUUGUACACUGCAUCCAGGCGUUCCGUAUCGACCUCGUCAUCGUCCUGGGUCAGGAUCGGUUGUUUAGCGAGCUGAGCUCGGCCGUGACGCCAUCUACUUCGGUCAUCAAGCUGCCACGCUCGGAUGGCGUCGUCCAGCGCUCCAACCAGCUUCGGCACCAGCUUCGCAUGGACGGCUGCCACGCCUACUUUUACGGCAAGAAGAUCCCAAACGCAGCGCCAAUGCAGUCGCUCUACGAGUACUCGCCCCACGUCGUCGAGCUGUCGUUUGAAGACAUCAACAUCUACCGCGUGCACGAUUUGACCGUCUCGGACGUCAUGCUGCCCGUCGGUCAAGUCGACGACUUGCAGCGGCUGCGUGUGCUUCCGGUCGAAAAGACUGUCGACUUGGCGCACUGCAUUGCAGCAGUCAUCCACAAGUCGAGCAUCAAGGACGACGACAUUGGCAUGGACCCGCAGUCGCUCCUCGCCGCCAGCGCCGCUGGCUUUGUCCAAAUCAAAGCGGUGAACGUCCAAACGAGCAAAAUCACGCUGCUCGUGCCCUGCCACGGCCCGCUUCCGUCCAAGAACCUUGUCGUUGGCUCGCUAAAGUUUAUGGAGUAAUUUGUCUCCUAAUGACCUGAUCCUUUCCA